AUGCUGGGAAGUCUAUUAUGCUUUGGAGAAACUCAUCCAGGUGACGGACAUUUUCAAGAAGAGCGUGAUGACGACUACAUCAGAGGUUUCCCGGUAGUCUCUUGGAAUGAUUCAUCAAUUCUGUCCGAUGAUUUCGUAAAAGGGCUAGGAGAUGAUGACACCAAGACAUUUUCAAAUAUAAACGCCUUGGAUGAUCAGAAUUCUGAAGGUGGAAAUAGUCCCACAACUAAGUUGUCCCACCAUCUAAGUUUGCCUAGUAGUUCAUCCAAAGUAUCUGCAAUGGAAAAAAUGUUGCAAGAUUCAGUACCUUGUAAGAUAAGAGCAAAACGAGGUUGUGCUACUCACCCACGUAGCAUCGCAGAAAGGGAACGAAGAACACGAAUCAGUGAAAGGAUGAGAAAGCUACAAGAACUUGUUCCCAAUAUGGAAAGGCAAACGAAUACAUCAGAUAUGUUGGAUUUGGCUGUUGAUUAUAUUAAGGAUCUUCAGACACAAGUAAAGACCCUUUCAGAUAAGCGUGCAAAGUGCUCUUGCUCGGCUACACAGAAAUCAUAG